UGAGUGUGAGCGAGAAAGAGUGGUGGAAGUGUGCCGAGUACUACUGCUAGUGAGAAGCACGGUGGAAAGCCCGUGAGAGUGUAAACGACAGAAAAUAACAAGGAUCUGAACUUCCGACAACUUAAUCCACGAGACAUGCUGAUGGAAUGAGUCACCAGCACCGCUCAGGACCUCAGAUCAGCAGGCCAGAGCUGAAGCUGUGUGCAGCAUUGCAGCUCCACUAAACCCACUCCGCUGCCCACAGCCCCAGUGUGGCAUGACUGGCUCCGGGGAUGAGGAAGAGGAGCAGGACGUCCGCCUCUCAUCCUUCCUCUCUGCUACGCCACGCACGGCUGCACAGCGCCGUGACGACCACGGAGCUCCGUCCGCUCCCAAAUCUAAGAUGGCCGACCGACGCGGCGCUCUCUGGCCCUCGGACGUGGACACGGACAGCGCGGUCCGCGUCAUGCUGGACAACGACGCCGUGUGGCAGGAGUUUCGCGGCAUCGAGACGGAGAUGCUCCUGACCAGGAAGGGCCGCCGCAUGUUCCCGUUCUGCCGCUACCGUCUGACCGGGCUGGCCCCCCGCGGCCUCUACUUCCUGGUCAUGGACUUCCAGCUGGUGGACGAGCAGCGCUACCGCUGGACCGUGGAGGGCCGCGUGCCGGGCGGUCCGGGAGAGGCGCACGCCACGGGCGGCCGCGUCUACACACACCCCUCGUCGCCCACCAUGGGCUCGGUGUGGAUGGACAACCCGGUGGUGUUCCGCGCGGUCAAGCUGACCAGCAACCUGCGGAACGACGACGGGCUCGUGGUGCUGCACUCCAACCACCGCUACGUCCCGCGGCUUCACGUGGUGCCCUUUGACCCCUACGGGAGGAGCGCCGUCGACCUCGACGGCCCCGAGACGCAGACCUUCGUGUUCCCGCAGACGGAGUUCUACGCCGUCUCGUGCUACCAGAACCCGCAGCUCAUCAAGCUGAAGAUCAAGCACAACCCGUUCGCCAGCCAGUUCCGCCACGACGGGAUGCAGCCGGGCGAGCUCGUGCAGUCACCACCUGGGGGCGCUCAUGAGCCCAGCGUGUCUCCCUCCCCCGAUAACCAGCAGGCCAAAGGCAACAAGUGGGCUAAAAAGCGUUCGUCCCUCCCCACCUCUGACGAGUUUGGAGUCGGCGCGUCUCCAGUGCUGAAGAAGAGGAUGCACCUCUCGGAGCGCUCGUCACGCGACGACUCCUCCUCGCGGCUGUCGGGAGGCCUGGACUGCACCGAGGAGAUGUUCUGCACGGACGACGAGGAGUCCAGUCAGUACGGGGACGACGAGUCCAGCGAGUGGCCUCCAAAAGCCCCCCUCAGCGCUCCGCUCCCGAAGAGGCACGUCCCAGCCAAGCUGAAACCGCGCGCCACUGCUUCCAAAGCGUCCGCACGCCCCUUCACCUCAACGCCGCGGGUCAUUAAAAGGCCUCCGCUGACCUCUCUGAGAACGCCAAAGAUACCCCCCCACAGGGGCAAGAUACCCCCCCACAGGGGCAAGAUACCCCCCCACAGGGGCAAGAGCAGCGCCAGCGGCAAGCACGCCAGGAGUUCUAACACAGUCACAGAACCGGCUGCAGAGCCUGCAGAACCCGCGGCCCCAGUGGCCUGUGAGCUAGCUGUGGAUGACGUCGAGGGCAUGCUGUUCGUCUCGUUCUCCAGCAAGGAUUCUCACGAUACCCACGUGCCUUUGAAGAGGCAGCCGCCUCCGCUGCCCUCACCGCCUCCGUUGCCCCCGCCACCCCCGUCGCCGCCGCCACCCCCGUCACCUCCGACUAACUGCCCCCCUGUCCUGCCGGUCCAGGUGGUGACCAGGGCAACAGAACCUGAGGAAGUCACUGAAGAAGGUCCAGAGGUCCAGCAGGAGAGUAUUGUGCAGCUGCAGAAGGCGUUGCUGUUGGAUCUGGGCUCCUACAAACACAGACAGGUCAUCCAUCCUGCUCUGCAACAGGUGGGCCUGAAGCUGCAUCUGGUGGGUCCUGAGGUGGCCAUAGACCUGCAGUACCUGGGCGUGGCCCUGCCCCUGCCCCCCUACCCACAAUCCUGUGCAGAAGGGACCAUUCCAUUUGUUUCGCGCACAGGGAAGACCAAUGACCUCACUAAGAUAAAAGGCUGGAGAGACAAAUACAGCAGCUCUGCAGACCUCCCCCCUGGACCACCACAAGAGAGGGCGGUGAAGGUGAAGGUGCCGUCUGCGUUCAGCAGCUCGCUGCUGGACGAGUAUCUGGAGAGUGAGGGCCAGAGCAUCAGCGCGCGGGCCGACGCCUUCUCGUCCCUCUCCGCCGGAGUGGCCUACAGCCUGCCCUCCCACAGCAGCAGCUACGUGCGCACCCUCGACAGCGUCCUCAAGAGCCACGCCCCCAGCACCACUGGCACCCUCGACAGCGUCCUCAAGAGCCACGCCCCCAGCACCACUGGCACCCUCGACAGCGUCCUCAAGAGCCACCCCAGCACCAGCACCACGCCCACUCACAGUCUCACGUGGCCAGCUGGCACCAGCGAUGCCAAGCCGAGUCCCAAACCCGGCCCGAGUCCUCGCCAGGUGGCGGUGCCCGUGAUGCCCGCGCCCACACACAGCCCCAUUCCGGGCGGCAUGUCGCCUGGCGUGACUCACACGAAGGGCGUGGCGUCGCUGGCCCCCAGAGUGCUGCCCGGCGGCGGCGGGAAGUCGCUGCUGCUGAAGCGCGACGCCAGUCUGGUGGGCAUCGGCCGCUACGUGGGCUUCACGGCGCCACAGCGCCACCUGCAGGCUUUAGAGAGGCACGCGUUCUGCAGGGGACACGCCGGCACCCACGUCACCACGCAGAGGGCCACCGUCGCCCUGGGGGUGCUCCUCACCGCACAGGGCUCGGUGAAGGCGGAGCGUGUGGGCUGGACGACGGCGGACGUGCUGGGGCCGUGCCAGAGGGACUGCUGCAGGCUGGGGUGUGUGUGCCUCAGCCUGCAGAGGGAGCCGCGGGGCCCCACACACUGCCGCCGGCCCCAGUGCAUGUUGGAGUGCGCCUGCUUCAGGCACCGCGUGCUGCUCAUGAGGCCGCACCACCCCGAGAGCAGCGCCACCCCCGCCGCCCAGGACAACGCCAAACCCGCCGCCCAGGGGUGGAGGAAACCGCGCCCGCAGAACACCACCCACGAGGAGCCCAAGUUACUGGCCUACCCCAUCUCUGACGCUAAGAGCCCCCGGCCGCCCCCAGGCCAGCGUGUGCGUGCGCUGUGGGGGGGCAUAUUGAGCGGGGCGGACCCUGAGCCCCUGCACCAGCCUGAGAGGCAGCGUGUCAACACAGACCGCUCCCUCCCAGCGCCCCCCAAACCAGCCAGCAAACCCCAGCCCCGGGGUGGUGGUCGUAGGGUGGACGAGGUGGAGAAGGACAGUCCGGUGUACAUGUACUUUGACAGCAUGAUGACGUGCGCGCGCGUGCGCCCCAUCAAUAGCAAGCCGCCGCCCCAGAUGCACAUCAUACCCGUCGCAGUGACCGACAGAGCAAAGGAGAAAGCUCAUCAGUCUCCCGAGACGUCUGCAGGCAGGUUAGACGCCGCACCCUCCAAGAAGGCUACGAAAGUGUCCCAGGCCCAGGAGCAGGAGGCCGAGCAGGAGGCGCAGCCCACCAAGCUGCUGGAGAUCGUGUCGGAGUGCAACUGGGAGCCGCACCGCAGCCUGGUCCUGAGCGCGCUCAACCGGCGCCUGAAGCUCAACCUGCUGACGCCGUCCUUCCGCCUGGGCUUCUACCGCGUCCGCUUGCUCUCCGCCAGCCAGCAGAGGGGUCCGCACAACUCCACCAUCACCUACAAGCUCAGCAUCUCCAACGUGGACGACGACAGCGACGACGGAAACGCCGCGGACAAGGAGAAGGAGAAGGACAAGCCGCAGAAGAAGCAGAAGCUCCAGCCGUCUCAGCCCCCAAAGCCCGGCUACCUCAAGGCCUUCAGGCUCAAGCCCUGCGGCUCCCCCAACAGGCUGGUUGAGGUGAACGGGAAACACUACGCAAAAGCCAGACUCAUGCUGGGUCGGAUGGGAGCGCUGCAUCCAGCCAAUCGGCUUGCAGCGUAUGUCACGGGCCGGAUGGUGACCUUACCGGAGACGAAGGCUGAAGAGAGGCUCAGGGCAGCGGCUAGAAAGGCCGCAGAGGCUCUGAGCUCCUCAACAGCGUCCACCCAAACCCCAGCGUCCACCCAAACCCCAGACGCCUCCGUCGAGGAGAGAGCAGAGCCUGAACCACUGGCUGAUGCUUCUCCAAUGGAACCUUGCGCCUCUCAACUUCUCUACAUCCCCAUUGGAACCCCCGACGGAACCAUGCCACUUGUCCCAUCGACCCUUGACCCCUCCGGUUUGGCGGCUCACGCCCAGGUCAUGUUGAAGCCGGUGGGCAGCACCCAGACUGGUGCUCUCUACCGCCAGCCCAACGGCCAGCUGAUACAGCUGGUGCCCCUGAAGCCUCUCAAGGUUAUCAGGCCCAAACUCACCCCAGGUUCUGCUCCAGGCACUCCGAGUGGCUUCCUGAUGCCCAGUGGUCCUUGCCCAGAACUCGCCACCUCCUCCGUGUCUCAGGACGGAAGCACAGACCCAGACACUCCUCCCGUCGCCCCCGACGACCUGGCUGUUCUCCCCAAGCCCUUCUCGCUGUCAGGGAAGAGCACCAUGUGCAUCUCUCAGGGUUCCGUACCCGUCAGAACCCUGCCUGGAGCCGGUUCCUUCUCCUUCAGGAUCUGCCCUCCCUCGGAGCAGCCCAAACCGCUGGUGCCGGACUCGCCGGUUCUCAGGGAGGACGAGAACCCGUCUCAGAACACGAGCUCCUCGCUCGCCCUGCCAGGGGGCUUCACGCUGAUCCAGCUGCCCAAGGCUUCUGACGGGGAGGGGAGUACAUCUGUGGGGGGUGCUAAGACGGCUACCACAGCGUUCCCUCACGCCACCGACAAAUCAUACGGAACGUUGCCCAGAAAGGGUUCUAAGAUCGCAGGAAUGUCUAAGCUGGGUGCUCAAAAUGCCGGAACGUUGGUGGAGGAGAAGAAGAAGGUAGUCGCCCCUGUGGUGGUUCCACCAGCGGUCUUGGGAACACCAAAGCCUAGUUACAUAUCAUCUAGAACAUUCAAACAGGGUUCUGGAACCCCUCAGGCUAGUAGCUCAUCAUAUAGAACCUCCAAACAGGGUUCUGAAAUAUUUCAAGUUCGUGACCUAUCAUCUACUACAUUCAAACAGGAUUCCGGAACACCUCAAGUUAGUACCAUAUCGCAUAGAACAUCCCAGCAGGAUUCCGGAAAACUUCAAGUUAGUAACAUAUCACACAGCGCAUCCAAGCAGGAUUCUGGAACAUCGAAGGCUAACGUAGCUGCAGUUCCUCCCAAGGCCACCGGGGCGUUGCCUAGAGGCCCUGAAGCGCAGCAGUCCUCGGAGCCGGAGCUCUCCAGCCACAGCCAGGCCACUAGGGAGCGCCAUCGCCGCUGCCUCCAGGAGAGCGGCUUCAAGAGGCUCAAGGAGGUCCUGCGCAUCAGCAACCUCAAGGUCACCCAGCAGGACAUCCUGGACCAGGCCCGGCUCAUCAUCAGUGCGCUGAAGAGCAGAGAGAGGAGCCUGGAGAGGAAGAAGAACGCCCUGAGUGGUGCGCAGGACGCCUACAUCAAGACCAUCUCACAGCUGUCCGGCAAGUCGGAGGAGCUGAUCAGGAAGAAGCUGCAGGAGACGAGCAAGCGGCAGCGCCUGCUGGAGCAGUACCGGCAGCGGCAGCACGAGCGCAACAAGCCCACGCAGGUGAAGCUCACGGCCAAGGAGUGCGACUGGCUCACGGAGCGCUUCGCCAUCUGGAAGCGCCACAAGAGGAAGCGCAAGAGGAAGCAGCUGCUGGACGAGGAGGAGCCGCAGGAGGAGGACGCCGCCGCCGCCGCAGGGGAGCUCGCCGCGGGGAUGCCCAAACCCAGCUGGCGCUCAGACGUGAAGACCAGAGACUCUCCUGAGCUUAGAGCUGCUCUGCUGACUCCAGGAAGCAACGCGCAAGUCAGCAGUUCUAGCCAGCUGUCAUCACCUAGCAACAGUGGUACACAAGGACAGCAGAGCAUCCCAUCAUCGGGUUUAGAUAUAGACAAGGUGCUAUCGCUGCUCAAGGUGAAAUCCCUGCCCCCUCAAUACAGCCACUUGGGUGCGCCUGUAAAACUGCUCCUCGUCCCCAUCUUGAAAAACAUCGGCAAGCCCUCCGAGAGCGGCGACACAGAGGCCAGAGACUCCGCAGCGCUGACCGACACCCCGAGCACUGCUGGCGCUGCAGAGCCUGCCGCCGUGCAUGCUGGGAAAGUCGCCUUCGAUCUUUUCCCACUCGCUCCUGGGACGACCGAGGGACCGUCCGUCUGCAACGCCAGAGAUCCGACAGGAAAGCGCCCGGACGCGGACAGCUCUGAUGACCACUCCGAGUCGCUGGCAGAGGAUGCUGGGAACGUGUCCCCUAGCGGGCCGGUGGACGCCUCGAGGUCGGAACGCGAGAACGAGAGUCGGCCCAAAGAGGUUCCUGCUCCAGGGGGAGGGGAGGUUCCGGACGGCAACAUGGAGGAAGCGGAAGAGCAGCCGUGUUCAGAUGCUGCCGGUUCCACGCCGGCUCCUGCUCCUGCACCAACGCCGCUCGUAGAGAACGGCGUCCCAAAGCGCAAACGAGGCCGGCCACGCAAGCAUCCCAAGGCUGACGACCUCACACCAAAAACCCAGUCUGCACCACCACCUCCACCCAAAACCCAGUCACCUCCACCAAAAACCCAGUCACCUCCACCCAAAGCCCAGUCUUCUGCACCCCCACCCAAAGCCCAGUCUGCUGCACCUCCACCCAAAGCCCAGUCUGCACCACCACCUCCACCCAAAGCCCAGUCUGGUGCACCUCCACCCAAAGCCCAGUCUGCUGCACCCCCACCCAAAGCCCAGUCUGCACCACCACCCCCACCCAAAGCCCAGUCUGCUCCUCUUCCACCGCAUUCGGUCAAACACUCUCCCAGGCUGCAGACUCGCCAGCUACGGAGCCACUCGCCUGUGACCACACGUACACACACACGCAGUGGAAAGCGGAGGGGACGGAGAUGAACACACACACACACACACAUAUAUAUAUAUAUAUAUAUAUAUAUAUAUAUAUGCGCGCAUGCAUGAAAGGGGCCGACAGGAGUCCACACACUAAGCAGCAAAGAAAGACAUGGACACAAAAGAGCAAAGAGAAGAAGAAUCUUCACUACCGGAGAAUAACACUUUGACCAGGAGCGCA